AUGACAAUGGUGAAGGCCUCCGAGCUGGCAGGCCUGCACUUCUCUGUGGGCAAAGUAGAGCGCCAGCUCAGCACCCACCAAGAGCGCUUCACCCCCAACGCUGCCGUCUACCUGGCAGCCACCCUCGAGUACCUGACAGCCGAAUUAUUGGAGUUAUUUGGCUACAAAGCAAAGGACGACCGAAAGGAAUGCAUAUCCCCCUGUCACAUCAAGCAAGCUAUAGUCAACGAUGAGGAGCUCAAGGGGCUGCUGCAGGAGAUCUACAUCUCCAACAGGAAGUCCAGAGUAGCCGCCGCCAAGAGGAUACACCGCAGGAGGGGCAUCAGGAGACGCAUCGGCCAGAGGAACAAAGGGAAGCCAGGACGCAAGCCCAAAGAAAUGGCUUCCCCAAGCAGACAGCAGCCCAGCUCAUCCUGAAGGCCAUCUCCAGUCACUUUGUUAGCACGACGACCUCCUCUCUGAAAAACAUAUACUUUGUGCUGUUUGACAGCGAGACGUUCGGGGUCUACCUGCAGGAGUUGGCCAAGCUGGACGCCAAGUGAGGAGAGCCAACGUUUUUGUUUUUGUUUGUUUUAUAACUUUAUGGCAGUUGCCAUGGAGAUUCCAGAGCGCCAACCCAGCACAGCUCUUCAUUCCUGCGUUCGUUGUUUUCCAUUUUAAUUUGUA